CCAUCGCAGCACAAAUGUCGUGCAGCAACUAGACUGAUCAGUACAAAUAGUAGUCUUGCCUACCGAGCGAUCAAACCAAAGCUAAUUUACCCAGUUAAUCAUGCAUCUUGUAGCAACUGUUGCAGUGCUUGUUGUGGCGUCGGUAUCAGGCCAGCGUAGUGCCCAGGAGAGCUACGGGCCACCUCAGCCAUUCCAGUUUGCCUACGCAUCGCAGGACCCGGAAGGCUCGCAUUCUCACAAUCAACAGGGAGACGCCAAUGGACGCAUCACUGGCGAAUAUAGUUUGCAGUUGGCUGACGGAAGACAGCGUAUUGUCAAGUAUACCGCUGAUGAAAACGGCUAUCGUGCGGAGAUAAUCACCAAUGAGCUGGGAACAGAAAGCAAAAAUCCUGCUGAUGUAGUUAUUCAGUCAUCUGCGCCGACUGGCGAUCAGGCCGCGAUUGCUGCAUCAACUGGAUCUGGGGUACCUCGUCCUGCCAGGCCCGCUCCGCGACGACAGGGAUAAUUAUCCCAAACGAUUUCGCUUAUAGUACCAAAGUGUGCCAUAGCAAAUGAUAGCAAAAUGAUUUAUUUUACUUCGACAGAUUGUUAAUAAUACGGUAGGAAAUAUCUGAUUGCUUGAUCUGCAUAUUGCGCGAAUAAACUCGACUCCUAACAUGACUGCAUGUGCUUUAAUAAACUUUUUUUUGGAUUUA